UGAUAAAUUAAAUAGAUGAAGAGUGUGAGACGGGGAAAGAGACGUCGUGCCUCUAUAAAAGGAAAGUGUUCUGAACGAGAGCAAUGACGCAUGCACUGGGCUCAUGCGGGCAUAUAAGAGAGGACACUCCGAUUUCUUUCGGUGGACACAUGGGGAAGCAACUGAGCUCCUUGGCUGAGAUUCUGAUAGCCUCCCUGUGACUGGAGACGUCUGAUAGCAUUGAGAUGAACAUAACCGAGAAGCUGUACCUUCCUGUUGAUGGCAUCCUAGAAAUGUUCGGCUCUCUCACCGGGCCUCACCAAUCACGCAUUACGCACCCAUCACUUCAGAGCGCUGCUCUCAUCCAGCACCCGAAAGUCUCAAACAUAUCGAAGACAGGCAUGGGCAUCAUCAAAGCAGCCAAAUGGUGUUGGAGACAGCAUGAUAAGACAGUGAUUGCAAGUCGACCCUCAAGUUCUGGCAGUCGGCAUGUAUCGACUGAUCGACUCCCAAAAAGCGCAGGGGAUCUGCUGGAGCUGAGUCUGACCAAGCCCAAGAACUGCCACAGAAUAGUUGUGCUCGGGGCGCCCAAAGUAGGUAAAACCAACAUAAUCCACCGAUUCCUAGGCGAAGAAUUUGAAGAGCAAUAUGAGCCCACAACCGAGGACUUCCAAAGAAAGCUGUUCCACAUAAGAGGGGAGACAUACCAGAUUGAUCUUCUGGACGCGCCGAGAGAGAGGGACUUCCCUGCAAAACGGAGAUUAUCCAUACUGACAGGUGACAUUUUUCUGCUCGUCUUCAGUUUGGAUGACAGAGCAUCUUUCAACGAAGUCUCUGAGCUGCUCAACGAGAUACAAGUUGCUAAGGCAAAAUUACUUAAAUCAAAAAAUUCAGCGAGAGUGCCAGUUGUGAUAUGCGGCAAUAAAGCGGACUUGGGUACACAGAGAGUCAUCAGUCGUUCAGAAGUGGAGAGAAUCAUCGGUGAAGACGUCCCAGUCUUCGAAAUUUCAGCUAAAAACGGAACCGGGCUAGAAGACGUGUUCAGAGCCCUUGCCACUCUGGGCGGACUGCCUGACGAGACCAGCCCGUCGAGACAUCAGAUCAUGUCUAUCCUUUCCUACCAGUCGCUUUGCAUGGGCCGGAGAGGUAGGAAAGAGAGGCGUACGACGCGGGGACUAGGUGUGCCCUGUGCCGCUGUGGACCCUCUGGCGCGCCGCCCGAGCUUCAACAGCGACCUCCGAGUGGUGCUUGGAUCAAGCACCAAACACAACAAACCCGAGAAGUGUCAGAUUCAAUGAAUUGUGGCAUAUCUCGAAAAAACAUAUUGUAGUAGUAUGCUGCAAUAUCGAAUAUGUAAGGAGUUAUACUCUGUAGCACCUGGCUGGACCAGUGCAUUCUUAUCUUGCCAAUUUUUAAGUGUGACUGUAUUAUUCUUAUUCUUAUUGUAAACUAUAAUUAAACUCGAUUAUUUCUAUUUUUA